CCAGCACCAUUUGUUUUGACCCUUUUAUAAAUGGCAGUUCUAGACAUGGUGAUAAAGAAAGUGCAAUUUUAAAGUUAGAACGUUUUUCUUAGCUUUAUUUAUUAGUUAUUUACUGAACAUUGUGAUUUUAGCAUUUUAGUUUAAGUGGAUUAACCCAUAUAUAAGUCAAUAGACUAAGGCAGUAGAGUCAAAGUUCUUUAAUUUGAUGUAUGUCAAAACAAAUACGUUUUUAGUCAAUAUGAGGAUAAACGCAACCAGAAUGACGACUCCGAUUGAAGAAAAAGUGGACCAGAAGUUAAAAAUCAGGACCGGCAUGGUGACCGUUAGCGACGGCAAGAGCAGACCCAUGCCAGUUCUUCUAAACCUGUCCAUGGAAGUUUUGCGCCUGCAAAAGGAAGAACCGAUCCCCCCAGAAGCAAGGCCGCAGAACGCUAAGGAGAGAAUGGUUCAAGUCAGGAGGCAAAAAGUGGGCGGCCUAGGGCUAAGCAUCAAGGGUGGCGCCGAACACAAAUUGCCUAUUUUGAUAUCGAAAAUCUACAAGACUCAAGCCGCUGAUCAAACUUGCGAACUGUUUGUAGGAGACGCUAUCAUUAAAGUAAAUGGUGAAUAUAUUACCGCCUGUCCACACGAUGACGCAGUCAAUAUUUUACGCAACGCAGGAGACUUAGUAGUUCUAACAGUUAAGCAUUACAAAGCAGCAACUCCAUUUUUACAAAAAGAAGACAAAGACUCAACACAGACUGACAGCAACAGCGAGGACAAGGAAGCGUCUGACGAGAGCCUCCGAUUGGCCACGAACAGCACUAGCAGCCGACCGAGUUCGAUUUGUUCCGAAUCGGCCGAGGAGCCUCAAAUGCGAUGGGUCGACGUGGUCACCGUACCCCUGAUGAUGGCUUACGUCACGCGUUACAUUUUUGGCACCGACAAACUAAGACCUAGCGCUUUCGAGGUCAGAGGUCUAAAUGGCAUCAGCACCGGCAUAAUACAUUGCGAUGAUUCUGCCAUUUUGUCGCAAUGGCUGAAAUUUAUCACUGACAAUAUCAUUGGACUGACUAAUCUUCAAAUGAAAUUAUACAAUAGAAACUUCACUGUUUCCGACCGUAUAGAAUAUAUGGGCUGGGUGAACGAGGGUGUGUUGAACAAUAAUCAACCUUGGCAGAAUUACAAGCCAAGAUUUUUUGCCCUUAAAGGCACGGAUUUAAUGUUAUUCGACUCACCACCGUUGAAUGUAUUGGAUUGGAGCAAAUGCCCGAUAAUGUUUAAAGUCUAUCAAACAAUGUUUAGGGUUGUGAAAGAUUCAGAAAAUGUAGAUGAAAGGCAACACUGCUUCCUGGUACAGACUUCCGGACAGGAUUCCAGAUAUUUUUCAGUUGAAACUAGACAAGAGUUGCUCAGAAUUGAAAAUGCCUGGCAUUGCUCAGUUUGUACUGCAGUCAUGAAAUUAGGCAACAAGACUUUUACUGUAAGCAGUAACGGUAAAACCGCUGGCCUAACAUUGGACUGGAAUUUGGGAUUUUCCCUGCACGAAGGGGAUUCUAAAACACCAUUAUGGCAAUAUAAAUUUUCUCAACUCAGAGGGUCAUCCGAUGAUGGAAAAUCCAAGUUAAAAUUGCAUUUUCAAGAUUCUGAGUCAAAAGCUAUUGAAACAAAGGAACUGGAAUGUUCCAUUCUGCAAAGCCUUUUAUUCUGCAUGCAUGCCUUUUUGACUGCAAAAGUGGCAUCAGUUGACCCUGGUUUUCUAUGUUCUACUAUACCGUAAAGUAAAAUAGGUAUUAUUAAAUAAACCCAAGUAUUAAUAAAUGUCUGUCGGUGAACCAGAUAACAUUAGCACAAUUAUUGUAACGCAUAUAAAUAAUUGUUAAGUGGCGUAAUACAAUUAUUUUUAUGUGUUAAUAAAAAUAGUAGGUAUUAAUUAUGUGAAAAUGAAAAUUGGAUUUUAUAGUGAUGCACAAAAUCUGCGAUGCACUUAUCUAUAUUUUUAUUUUUACAAGGUGUUCUGAAACUAAUUGUUCAUUAUGUAGUGGUUAAAUUAAAUGAAUUAACAGUUUGGGGUUGUAACCAGUUAAUACGAAAAUACAUUUGGCAACGCGAUGAGAGACUUCGGCGCAUGCGCUUAGUUGUCCAUCGUUUUGUUUAGUUCAUUUGUUUAUCCAAUUAGUUUGGAUGUUUUAGUGCAUUAAAUGUAAAAGAAUCAUGUAAGUUUAUAUUCUUAUUAAGGUUUUAUAUGGUUUACAACCUAAAACUCGUUAUUAUUGAAUAUAAUUCAUAUUUUGGAGCACCCUGUAUGAGAUGUUCCUUAUAAUAACCCUUUUAUGGUAGAUUUAUUCUACUAGAUUAUACCUACAUUAUAUUUAUUAUAUAGUAUAUUGAAAAGCCAAAUUGUUUUUCAAAUUUGGUUAUUUUUGAAAUUAGAUUAAUUUAUAGGAGAAAACUAACAUUAAGGGGGUGUUUUUUUUAAAUUUGCG